AUGGUCUGUGUCGACGCGGGCAUGGAAGUCUCCAAGGACAGUCACCUAAUCCGCCUUCGGCACAGACGCUUGGAGAACGUGCAGGUCCUCGUAGAAUUUGUUCCUGCCCUUGUCAGGGCUGGUCAUCGGCGGGGCGUAGAGGCUGACGGUUGUGGCGAAUUGGCCUCCCCGGAGAUGCAGGCGGAGGCUCAUCAGAUCGUUGAUGCUCUGCGGCAGACAGGGCAGUCUUCCAACAAUGUCGUUCCGGAUGGCAAAGGCGACGCCCCCAGCCCGUCGCUCUGCCCCGGAGCAACCGCUCCAGAAGAAGGUCUAGCCGGCAUCCAUCUUCUGCAGUUGGCCUUGUUCGGAGAACCGGGCCUCGCUGAGUGCGGCGGUGUCCUCCUUGUGGCGCGCAAGUUCACGAGCCAAUAG